UGCUCCCUGGUUUUCCCUUUGUUCACCUUCCUGCUGGUGUGUCUCUGUAUCGCCUAUUGGGCCAUCACUGCAGUCUUCCUCUCCACAUCCAAUGAGGCAAUAUACAAGAUCUUUAAUGAGACUCAGUGUGACUAUGCCGGCAAAACGUGUGACCCAGAGACUUUCAAUACCACCAAUGUUACCCGUAUGUGCCCAGAUGCUAGGUGCCAGUUUGCCUUCUAUGGAGGAGAAACCUAUUACCACAAGUACCUGAUCGUUUUCCAGAUCUACAAUGCCUUUAUGUUCCUCUGGUUGGCCAACUUUGUCAUCGCACUAGGUCAAGUGACUCUAGCUGGGGCAUUUGCCUCUUACUACUGGGCCUUCAAAAAACCAGAUGAUAUGCCAGCAUUUCCGAUUUUCUCUUCCUUGGGAAGAGCUCUCAGGUAUCACACUGGGUCACUGGCAUUUGGUUCUCUUAUACUCGCAAUUGUGCAGCUCAUCAGGAUCAUGCUGGAGUAUCUUGACCACAAGCUGAAAGGGGCGGAUAAUAAGUGUGCUCACUUCCUCCUAUGUUGCCUGAAGUGCUGCUUCUGGUGUCUGGAGAAGUUCAUAAAGUUCUUGAACAGGAACGCCUACAUCAUGAUCGCUAUAUAUGGAACCAACUUCUGCACAUCUGCUCGGAACGCCUUCUUCUUGCUAAUGAGAAACAUCAUCCGUGUUGCAGUCCUUGAUAAAGUUACAGACUUCCUUCUGUUCCUGGGGAAAUUGCUGGUAGUUGGCUGUGUUGGGAUCCUUGCCUUCUUUUUCUUCACUCGCCGUAUCCAGAUUGUGCAAGACACUGCUCCAACUCUUAAUUACUACUGGGUGCCUAUCUUGACAGUGAUUAUUGGCUCUUAUCUGAUCGCACAUGGUUUCUUCAGUGUGUACGGCAUGUGUGUGGACACGCUCUUCUUGUGUUUCUGUGAAGACUUGGAGAGGAACGAUGGCUCCCUGGAGCGGCCAUACUACAUGUCCCCGGAACUCAGCCACAUUCUGCUCAAAAAAGAUGCAGAACUACUAAAACCCAGCGAAAGCCAAAGCUGA